AUGGAGGAUCGGCGUAUCUUUGUCGGUAUUAAUGGCUUUGGCCGUAUAGGAAGGCUUGUGUUGCGUGCCGCGCUGGCGCAUCCGGAGAUAGAAGUUAAAUUGAUCAACAACCCAUCGACUACGCCCGAAUACGCCGCUUAUCUGUUCAAGUACGAUUCUACUCACGGAAGGUAUCCUGGGGAGGUGGAACACGACGAUCAGUCGGUCACAAUAACGCCUCCACCGAAUGUUUUGGGCGGCAGGAAGCCGCAAAGGAUCCUUUUCUCUCACCAGAGAGAGCCGGAGAACAUUCCUUGGUCGGAGAAGGGCGUCCAAUAUGUGAUUGACGCGACCGGCAUUUUCAAGGAGGCGGACUCGGCUAGCAGACAUCAGAAGGUGAGGAGAGUGAUCGUCACGGCGCCGUCCAAGACGGUUCCUAUGUACGUAUACGGGGUGAACCAUGAGGAGUACGAUCCGAAGAAAGACUUUAUUGUAUCGAACGCGUCAUGCACCACCAAUUGUCUUGGUCCUCUUGUGAAAUGUCUCCAUGAGAAUUUUACGAUUGAGGACGCGCUCAUGACCACGGUACAUGCCACCACGGCGUCGCAAAAGACCGUCGAUGGGACCUCGAGCGGCGGGAAAGACUGGAGAGGCGGCAGAUCCUGCCAGGGGAACAUAAUACCCUCGUCAACCGGGGCAGCCAAGGCUGUGACUAAGGUGCUUCCUGAUCUCGAGGGCAAGAUCACUGGUAUGUCCAUCCGAGUGCCCACCAUCAACAUCUCGCUCGUGGACCUCACCUUCCGCACCCGGAAGGACACUUCUUACGCUGAGAUAAUCGCCACGUUGGAGAAACACUCCAAGGGCGACCUGAAGGGAAUCCUCGGGGUAACCCAUGAGUCUGUGGUCUCCUCAGACUUCAUAUCCGAUCCAAGGUCCUCGAUCGUCGAUGCCACCGCUGGCAUCGAGCUCAACAAGAACUUCUUCAAGAUCUGCAGUUGGUAUGACAACGAGUUUGGCUACUCCUCCCGUGUCGUAGACCUGCUUAGACACAUAGCUCAUGCCGAUAUGGACUGUUCCAACGGACUUCCCUAUACUAUUUAA